AUGGAAGAGUUGGAGCGCCCUUGUAUCAAACCAAAUGAUCUAACUCCAAUGGAAGUAAAGCGUCGAACCGGAUUCAGAGAUUUGCCGAACCUCCUCUCUUAUGCGAUUCUUGUGUGCCAUGGUGAUUUGGAUCAGCUUUUCACAACAUGUUCCAAACUCACUUGGCUUGAAGAGUGGUUGUUUUACUUUGAGUUCAAGUAUGGUCGAACUGCCUGUAGAUGGAAAGACUAUGAGAAGAGGUGCAAGCCCUUGCAAAAGCCCCUUCAAAAAUUCCUGCUGGAAAAGUUGUCACUUGAGCUUGGAACUCGAGACCAGUGGCGCAUGUAUGCUGCUUUUGAGGAAGAUGCAAGGUUUUGUGAUAGAAAGUGGGAUAACUACUUCGAUCCAAUCACUGGUGAGAGAGUUGUGAUGCAUGAUGCGGCCGGUAUUCCUUUGCCAUGCCCAUCGAAGACAGAACUCCAACGAGCACUUUUCAGUGACUACUAUGGUACGACGUGCGCCAAGGCAGGCGUCAGCAAUCAACUUUGCGGGUGGAUACGAGGAAUGCCUCUCAUGACUGGAAGAAUCACAGAUUCGCAAAUGAUUAAAGACUCAGAGGUACUGGUAGAGCAACGGAAGUUUUCAGAGGCCAUACUUCUCUAA